GGUCUUCGGACCUAGACUGUUCUAGCUCGCUUCGGAGCUGGUCCCACCUGCCCUCCGGCCGAUUUCCUGCAACUUCUUCUUUCCAAGUCGCGACCUUCCGAUCUUCUUUUCCCGGCCCACCUUGUCAUCUCGAAUGCUGCACUUCAACCGUCGUCGCUCCUAUCCGGUAUGCGAUCCCGCACAGGCUGCUUAACGUGUCGCACUCGGAAACUCAAAUGCGACGAGCAGAAACCGGAGUGCUCGCAAUGCCGCAAAGGGGCGAGGGAGUGCCGCCCUAGUGAAGGGAUCGUCUUCCGCCAUCAGCAAAAUGCUUCGAUGAACAAAAGCGUAGAGGAGAAUCCCAACGGUCGGGGUAGCCUGAAGGGCUUCUAUUCAUACAAGAACACUUUUGAUGAAGACAGCGUGUGGUUGGACAUUCCGAAGCAUGUCAUCUUCGUCGACAACUCGGAUCCUUAUGCGGAAGACCUCGAAGCGGCCCUGGGCGAGUCGGAGGCCGCCAUCCUCGCCGCGAACUCCCAGAAUCGCGCGUGGUCGCAGCGCACACCCUCAGCCGAUGCCGAAAAUAAUGGCCUGGAAGCUCUCUCCACAGUGGCCGCCCAUGACCGCCUCUCUUUCAAUUCACUGAGCGUCGAUCAACAGUCUCUCCUAGCGGUGGAUGCUGCCUCUCCUUUCAAUAGCCUGUCGGCUACAGCAUCGUCUGGUCCAUCGCCCAGUCAGUUGCGCAGCGUGCUAGCCCCUCAGCUAUCGCCACCUCUGUCCAUUACCUCCAACCAUACCAACAGUAAUAAUAAUAUCAACUUCCUUCUGAAUCCAUCGCAAGCUCGGUCACCACCUGUCGAUCCUAUCAUCCACCACCCUCUGGAGCGUAGGAGCUCUUCGUUGACCGCCAAGUCAGCAAUUUCGCGGGGCUCGAAUGCAGAAUCGAAGUCACAUGCGCCUGCAGAAACAGAUAGAGAGGUCGCAUACCUGCUGCGGCAUUUCUCAGAAGUUCCAGGACUUUGGAUGGACCUUUUCGAUGUCGGAACUUACUUCGCCUCCUAUAUCCCUGUGAGAGCGCUUCGAAAUCCUCUGCUGAAAUAUGCCGCCUGCGCACAUGCAGCCAAGCAACUGGGACGAGUCCAGGUGGAAAAGAUGUCGUCCGGUGGGAUUUAUUCCAAGCAGAACGCGAGCAACGUAGACUGGUCCUGGAGGGGUGCCAAGUAUUAUGAAAAGGCUAUCCAGCUCCUGAUGAAGGAAUUGCAGCCGGAUAAAGGGCCACCGCCUCUAAGUACACCGGAGGCUUUCGGCCAAUGGCAGGCCGCUGAAUUGUGCGAGGAGAGUGAUAACCCUCGCAAACGCCGGCGACGUUAUUCAGAGAGUCGGUUUUCCAAGGGCGUACAUUCGGACGAGAUCCUCGCCGCAACGGCGAUACUAUCUGUAUAUGAAUUGCUUGAUGCUACAGGUCCGGCAUGGAACCGACAUCUGAGCGGUGUAAAAUCCUUGUUAGAUGUUGCAGAAGUGGGAAUGAUGCCGGUUGAACAACGUCCCGAAUCCACGUUGCAACACAACAAGAAGUCUGGUCUGUCGACAGCGAGGAGAGCAACUUUCUGGAAUUUUGCCCGACAAGAUUAUCUGGCUGCUUUCAUCAAUGAGACUCAGACAAGGCUAAAUACCGAUGACUUGGUCCUCUGGACGGAAGCCGGUCUGCAAAUUGACAAUCAGGGCUUUGUCAGCUCCUGUAACACAACCGCGUCUGGCUAUUUUGAUGGAGAUGACGUGUUGAGAGAGGACAUGAUUUGCAAUGGCCUGGUUUGGAUCCUUUCCAAAAUUGUGAAUUUUAUAAGUGCCGGCGAUAAGGUACCGUUGGGUCACCCCAGCCCACUGAGUACCGGGCCUCUCGGCUUGUCGCAACAGGCCUUACUGGAGCGAUGGAUUCGCCUCGAGGCCGAACUCGAUGUGUGGUACAAUGGGCUUCCGGAUAUCUUCCAGCCCUGUGCUCGAACUGAACCAUCAGCAAAAGAUGGUGAGAAAGCGGACACUGGAGCACUGUCUGAAAUCUGGUAUAGCAUACCCAUGUGCGCGUCAGCCAUGCAGCAUUAUCAUAUGGCCCGGAUCCUUCUCCUGAUCAACAAGCCCCACGCGUCGACUAGCAGACGGAGUACCAUCACGGACAGACUUAACUCAUAUCGUUCUAUCGAGAACGAAAUUCGGUUCCACAGCCGGGAGAUUGUGGGCAUUGCCAUGGCGUGCCCGACCGGCUCCGUACGCAUCAAUUCUCUCCAACCGUUGUUUGUCAGCGGUCAGUGUCUCACUGAUGCUGCCGAAAGACGAACGGUGCUGCACCUGUUGCAGGGAAUCGAAGCGGAUCUCGGUUGGGCCACCGAUUAUCGGGUGAAUCAACUGCUCCGGGAAUGGGGCUGGAACGACGGCGAGGAAGCGGCCAUGACGUCCUAGCCGUGUUCGAUCACGCGUCUCCAGGUUUUCACAAGGCCCUUCGCCCCGGGCCGUGUAUAUAUGUCGACUAUCGCCUUCAGCACCUGCGAAAGGAGUUCAGAGGCAUUCCAUCACGUUCUUGACGAUUCUCCUGUUCGGUACUGUUUACAUAAGUU